AUGCAACAGGCCGACGUGCUGUGCCAGGGCUGGUGCGACCUGCCCUUUCACCUGCUGGACGGCGUGCGCGAUGCACUGCGGUUCUGUGGCGAGUUGACGCGGUUCCUUAAGGCCUCCCGCCUGGUGAACCGCCACUGGAGCGCCUGGGGCACCGAGUCGGUGCCCUUCCUCAACCUCUCGGGCGACGUCCCGCUCGGCACCUUGGCGGGAGUCGUCGCUACCAAGUUCAAGCGCGUGCGUGGCCUGGGCUUCCGGAAGCACCGUGGCUUCGCGGAGGCGGACCUGUGCCAGCUGACCCAGCUGCGGGGACUGACCCACGUCGAUCUCGGAUUCUGCCGGAUUACUAAUGAGGGCCUGGCGCAUGUGGGUCUGCUGAGCUCGCUCACCAGCCUGAACCUGAGGUGGAACAAGCGGUUCACGGGGGAGGGGCUGGCGCACGUGGCCCGGCUCACGGGCCUAAGGAACCUUGACUUGGACUCCUGCCAGCAGAUCACGGACAGCGCCCUGGAGCACGUGGCCUCCCUCACCGCUUUGACGUGUUUGAAUCUGUCCGGUUACUCGAUCACCGCGGCGGGGUUCGCCCACGUGGGGAAGCUGACGUCACUGAUCCGCCUGGACCUGUCCAAGUGCGGCGUGCUCACUGACGAGGGCAUCGCCCACGUGGGGAAGCUGACGUCACUGCGCCACCUGAACUGCUGCUGCGGGGAGGUGACCGGCGCCGGCUUCGCGGCGGCUUCCGCGGGGCUGGCCGGCAUCGCGAGUCUCCGCCUCUCCGACUGCUCGGACGAGAAUCUGUACCACGUGGGGCGGCUGACUAAUCUGGUGGACCUGUGCGCGUGCGGCUGGGGCAUAACGGACGAAGGACUGACCCACGUGGGCAGAUUAGUCAACCUGACCCAGCUAGAGCUCUCCGACAUCGAUUUUGUUACAGACGAGGGGCUGGUGCACCUCACGGGAUUAACUGCCCUGCGGCGGCUGGACCUGUCCGGAUGCUGGGGGACCGCCGACGCAUGGCGGCCGCUGAAGAGGCUGCCGUCCAGGGUACGGCUGCGGCUGCCGCUGUGCGACUCAUGCAGCUGGGAGGCGGACCUGGAGGGGGAAGGGGAGGAGGGAUGGGACUGGGGCCUGAGGGAGAUGUUCGGAGAUGGGGAUUGCUGA